AUGGGUCGCGUGCGCACCAAGACCGUCAAGAAGUCCGCCAAGGUCAUCAUCGAGAAGUACUACCCUCGCCUGACCCUGGACUUCGAGACCAACAAGCGGGUUUGCGAUGAGAUUGCUGUGAUCUCCUCGAAGCGCCUGCGCAACAAGAUUGCCGGCUACACUACCCACCUGAUGAAGCGCAUCCAGCGUGGUCCUGUUCGCGGCAUCUCGUUCAAGCUUCAGGAGGAGGAGCGCGAGCGCAAGGACCAGUACGUCCCCGAGGUCUCGGCUCUCGACUUCCACCAGAACUCGGAGACCGGCAUGCUCGACAUCGACCAGGAGACCAAGGACCUGCUCAAGCACCUUGGCUUCGACUCGAUCCCUGUCAACGUCAUCCCCGUCACCCAGAGCCAGCCCGUCGAGCGUGGCCGCCGCUACGGCCGUCGCGACUAA